UUUAAUGAAGAAUGAGAAACUCUGAUGCAUUACAGAGUACAUGAAACAAGGAUGGAUUAUAGCAUACCAACUUUUCGACACUAAAUAUUUUAUUUUUCACAGUUGGUAGCCCUGGGAAACUGUAGCCACAAAAGAGACGGACACGUUUUUACGACGUGUUGCUUGUGUGCGAGCGUGCGCGCGCAGACCGACUAUCUCCACUCCAUCCCCACCGCCGCGGCACCGUCCGUGCUAACGUUCUCGGCUGGGCACACUGGUUCCCGCACUUCCCACUGGUUCCCGCCAAGCAGCUAAUCUCUGAAACCGGUUGUUCGAGCUGCGACAAGAAUUCGCCUGUGUGAUAGGUACGUGAUUGCUUGCUUUUCGGAAAGUUAACUCAACUCCCUUCGUACGACAUUUGCGUUGUGAUAUCGGAGUUUACGAGUAAAGCGACGCGAGUCCUUUGGCAGCCGUUCUAGUUCCCCGUUUUUAAACCUUUCUGAAUUUUGUGGCUCAUAGGAUGAAACCGAUUACCGACGCCGCAACGACUACCGCUUCGGAGGAUAAAGUUAGAAAAUCGUUGCACGAACUGCAGCCCUCAGCUGCCGAUAAGGAAACAUUAGUUGGCGCGGAUAGAACAAUCAAGUCUACUCAACUAGGAAAAGAGACAAAAUCUAAGAAAAAUAUACCUACAAAAAUGAAAAAGGUUUCUAAAAAGCGAAAGAAGGUGACGAAUGACAAAGCUGUCCAAACUGGACCCGAGGAAAAUGUAGAAAUUAGACCUGAGGAUUUAACAUGCACAGAUUUAGCUAACCUUAGCGAGAAUUACUGGCGGAUCCUGGCUGAAAGGAGGCGAGUUGCCCUUAGUAAUGUUCUAGAAGAAAACAAGGAACUGUCUGAGCAUAUCCAAAAAUUAGAAGAAGAAAAGCGGAUUUACAAAGAAAUGCUGAAUGAGACAAGGGCACUUGUUGAAGUGCUGCAGGAAAUGAUUGCAGGAGAUGAUGACAGAAACAAUAUAAAUAAUUCCUUAGAAGAUACUAUUUGAUUUAAACAUUUUUUUAUG